AAAUAAAAAAAUAAAUACUCGAAGCGUGACGUCAUUGAUUAAACUAUAACAAAACUUUAGAGGGCGCCUCAUCGAAGCACACGGAAUCGGGAGAAAGAAGGAAGAUGGUCAUCAGGGUGUUCAUCUCCGGAGUUUCGGGCAAUCAUGAAAUACGUAAACAACAACAGCGUGUUCAGUUUGUACUGGAAUCAUUAAAAUUAGAGUUUGAUGUAAUUGAUAUUACAGAAACUGGAAGAGAAGAAGAUCGUAAUUUUAUGAGAGAAGAAUGCAAGAAACAUGACAGACCAAAUGCUCUUCCACCUCAAAUAUUUAAUGGUGAUAUUUAUUGUGGCGAUUACAAUGAUUUUGAAGCUGCAAAUGAGGAACAAUAUCUUAUGAAGUUUUUAAAAUUAGAAAAUCAAGUUUCUACUGCCGAAAUAACUUGUCUUCAAAAGACAUGUAAAGAUGAUACUGAUAUUUCUAAUAUUGAAUCAGUACAAAAUGACGAAUAAUCACAGUUUUUUAAUCUCAUGCUUUUUUAUAUAAUUCCAUUAUUUGAUGGAAUAAGGUGCCAAGCAUUAUCUCAAAUUUUUAAAUAUUAUAAAACCCAAAAAGUGAGAAGGCAUUUAAUAUUUCAGUAUUAAGUAAAAGUUGCCAUUUGUUAGUAACUGUAAAUAUUAGAAGAAAAAACAGAUCAUUCCUAAAGUUGUUUAAAAAUUUAUAACACUCUUUACAUGUAUUUAUACUAUUUUACUGUUAUUUAUCAGUAAAAAUGUAAUUGUAUCUUUUGUAUUAUGAUGAAAAUAAGAAUUAUUCUUUUUCUAUAAUAAUUUAUUUUCUCUUUCUAAGAUUUUUGAAAAUAUUUGCACAAUGGUUUCUUAUAUUGCUUUAUAGAUUUCUGAAAUAUUAAUAAAGAUAAUUGUGAAUAAA